UUAAAGUGAACAUUAUCCAUCAAUAAAUAUCCCCUUCUCCUUCAAUUCCCACACCAACUCCAAAGAUUGAAGAUGGAAGCAUGGUGUGGUGUGGGAAUAGUGGUAACAGUAAUAGGAUUGUGGUAUGGUUGGAGAUUUGUGAAUUGGGUUUGGUUGAAACCUAAAAAGAUGGAGAAGUGUCUAAGAGAACAAGGCUUGAAGGGGAGCUCCUACAACUUCUUAUUUGGAGACCUAAAGGAGAUGGUGAAGAUGACAAAGGAGGCCAAAUCUAGACCCAUAAAUCUUACAAACGAUAUAGUUCCCAGAGUCUUGCCUUUCGAAUAUAAAUCCGUCACUGCUUAUGGCAAGUAUUGCUUCACAUGGAUGGGGCCGAAACCUAUUGUACAUAUAACUGAACCAGCUACAAUAAAAGAGAUAUUGGCAGAUUACCGUCAAUUUCAAAAGCCAAAAGGAGGAAACCCAUUAUUAAAGUUGCUAGCUAGAGGUUUAGCAUCCGUUGAAGGUGAUCAAUGGGUGAAGCAUAGAAAAAUCAUUAAUCCAGCUUUUCAUGUCGAGAAGUUGAAGCAUAUGGUUCCUGCCUUUUAUAUGAGUUGUGCUGAGAUGAUCAACAAGUGGGAAGAAAUGUUAAAGAAAGAAGACUCGUGUGAAGUGGAUGUGUGGCCUUCUCUCCAAACAUUAUCUAGUGAUGUGAUUUCACGUACAUCAUUUGGUAGUAGCUUUGAAGAGGGGAAAAGAAUAUUUGAACUACAACGAGAACUAGCCGAAUUGAUUGUGGAGGCUGGACAAUCACUUUAUAUUCCCGGAUCAAGAUUCUUGCCAACGAAAAGCAAUAAAAGGAUGAAGGAAAUUGACCGAGAAGUGAAAGCUUCGAUAAGGAGUAUCAUUGAUAAACGAAUGACCGCAAAGAAAGCYGGGGAAAGAAGUAACGAUGACUUGUUAGGCAUACUCCUGGAUUUGAACUACAACGAAAUUAGACAACACGGGAGUAGUAAUUUUGGAUUAAGCAUCGAGGAAGUCAUAGAAGAGUGUAAGCUUUUCUACUUUGCAGGACAAGAGACCACAGGAGUUUUGCUUGUUUGGACUAUGAUUAUGUUGGGUCAACACACAAGUUGGCAAGCACGCGCUAGAGAYGAAGUCUCACUUGUCWUUGGGAAGGAAAAAAUAGAUAUCGAUGGAUUGAAUCGUUUAAAAACUGUUACCAUGAUUUUCAAUGAGGUUCUUAGGUUAUAUCCACCUGCGGCACCACUUGUACGUAUGGUAGAUGAAGAUACCACAUUAGGAAACAUAUUUUUACCAGCUGGAUCGCACCUUGAACUACAUGUGAUGCUUUUGCAUCAUGAUAAGGAUAUAUGGGGUGAGGAUGUGAAUGACUUCAAGCCUGAGAGAUUUUCUGAAGGUGUGUCAAAGGUGACCAAGGGACAAGCAUCAUAUCUCCCCUUURGUGGGGGGCCACGUAUAUGUGUCGGACAAAAUUUUGCUUUACUAGAGGCAAAAAUAGCACUCGCUAUGAUUCUACAACACUUUAGCUUUGAUCUUUCCCCAUCAUAUGCACAUGCUCCGCAUAACAUCAUCACUCUUCAACCUCAGUUUGGGGCUCAUUUGAUAUUACGUAAGCUUUAAACAAUAUGUAUUCGAUGCAAACAUGGUUCAAUUUGUAUUUUAUGUAACUAUAGUAAGUUGCGACAAAACAAUUUGAACGAUUAUCUUCAAGGGUUGAUACAAUUAUUUGGCCAUGUACUUAUCUCUUAAUA